GUAUGGAACAUUUCUGGGAUAUUUUAUUUCAGCUCAUGAAACAUGGGACCAACACUUUACAAUGUUGCGUUUUAUAUUUUCGUUCAGUGUAGAUUGUAGUUAUUCCCAGUUCAUGAUGUAUUUUAUAUGCUAUUGCAGGGAAUGUAACUUGCAUGGUAUGAUGAUGGAGGCUAGGCCUAUUGUAGAUAUUGCAAUAUAGCUUACAAUGAACAAAUUUAAAUUAUGCAUUAUUUCACAUCAAUAUUGGACAUUAUCCCAUUUGACGUAAAGCAACCAAGCCCCAACAUAUAUGUUUAAAGGCAGCACCAUGUGUAACUAAUGGACAGGUUAAGUAGAUAUUUUACUGUAUCUUGAAUUGACCAGGGACUGUAACUAUGGUAGUCACCUUAUCACCUCUCAGACGCGUUUCCAUGGGAGCGAACAGGUGCACUGAGACUGGAGUCGCCGACGUCAAUAGGUGUAGGCUGUGUAUUUGUACAUUUGUAAAAUAGAACAUCGACAACAUAAUAUGAUUACAGAACGGAUGCUACAGACCAAGAACAGGAUAUUAGAGAUUUUUUUAUCGAAACGGGAAUGACAGGUUGGUUACCCGGUAACCAAGGAACCGAUGUUCGCAAAGCGCCCAGAGUUAAUCCCAACGAAGUGGAAACGAGAACCACUCUGUUGAAAUGAAUCGGUCUACCGGAGAGAACAGCGCGUUAAUAAUAACGACGUCAAUCGAAGUCAGCCUAUAAUUGGAAAUUAAGUUGAAAGCGGUAUUAGCGGAAAUACUUAAUAUACCUGCGGCUAAAGACUUCAUGGGGUGCUAUCGUAUUCGCGUGGAUGUACAUAUAAUUGGCACUUCCACUUGAUGAGAGCGCUCUGAGUCAACACAGACAACAGUAAGUACAUAUAGUGAUUGUAGUGAGUGGGAUGUACAUUUCUCCGAAAUAACAGCUGAAAAGUAGUGUAGUCCCUCCUGUGUAGGGCCUCAGUUGAACAGGACAGAUCUGAAGGCUACGUAUUCAGAAUAUCAAUUCAAAAGAGCCUUCCUAUUAGACUCCAGCUGUAUAGUAUGAUGACAACAAAUCAUCAAAGACAAAGGGGGGGGGGGAUGUGUGUGAAUGUUGUAAGUGUUUUUGUGUGUGACAGGUCAACAUUCCUCACACUGCCUGAUGGAGAAGUACGAAAAGCUGGCCAAGAUUGGCGAGGGUUCGUACGGCGUGGUGUUUAAAUGCAGACACAGAGAAUCCGGACAGAUAGUCGCCAUCAAGAAGUUUGUUGAAUCAGAGGAUGACCCAGUCAUCAGGAAGAUAGCUCUGAGGGAGAUACGCAUGCUGAAGCAGCUGAAGCAUGUGAACUUGGUGAAUCUCCUGGAGGUCUUCAGGAGGAAGAGACGUCUCCACCUGGUCUUUGAGUUCUGUGAGCAGACCGUCCUGAACGAGCUGGACCGACACCCCCGUGGGGUCCCUGAGGUCCAGCUGAAGAGUAUACUAUGGCAGACGCUGCAGGCCGUCAACUUCUGCCACAAACACAACUGUAUUCAUCGGGAUGUGAAGCCAGAGAACAUCCUUCUCACCAAGACAGGAGUCAUCAAACUCUGUGACUUUGGAUUCGCCAGGAUCCUCACGGGGCCAGGUGAUGACUAUACAGACUAUGUGGCUACUCGGUGGUACCGGGCUCCAGAGCUCCUGGUGGGUGAUACUCAGUACGGAGCCCCGGUGGACCUCUGGGCGCUGGGCUGUGUAUUCGCUGAGCUGCUCCAUGGAAACCCUCUCUGGCCUGGACGCUCCGACGUCGACCAGCUCUACCUCAUCAGACGCACUCUAGGUGACCUGAUCCCUCGUCACCAGCAGGUGUUCCGGUCCAACGUGUUCUUCAGCGGAGUCAGCAUCCCCGAGCCUGACACCACGGAGCCCCUGGAGAAACGCUUCCAUGGUGUGUCCUCUCAUGCUCUCACUGUCAUGAAGUCGUGCCUGGUGAUGGACCCGUUGUUGCGUCUGUCCUGUGAGGAGCUGUUGGAGCUGCCAUACUUUCUGGAAGAGGGCGGAGCCAGCUGGGGCCGCGAGGGGGAUUGUCCCGGGAGACGCCAUGACAACAAAAACUCCAGACGACGACAGGUCGGGCCACAGUACCUUCCUCAGCUCCACAGCAACAACAUCUCUCCUGCUCCAGAGACCAAGAAACAGAACAAACACAGAUACACCGACCAUCACCUGCCCAACAUCUAGAGAGGAGAAUCAGCUGUCCAACAUCUAGAGAGGAGAAUCAGCUGUCCAACAUCUAGAGAGGAGAAACACCUGUCCAACAUCUAGAGAGGAGACACACCUGUCCAACAUCUAGAGAGGAGAAACACCUGUCCAACAUCUAGAGAGGAGAAACACCUGUCCAACAUCUAGAGAG